AAAAUGACUUUAUUACACCUUUUAUCAUAUGGCGCAGCUGUACUCGCGUUCUUAUUUUUAACGUUGAGCUUAGCAUGUGGACUAUAUUAUUUAGCUGAGCUCGUCGAAGAAUAUACAGUUUUGACAAGAAAGAUUAUAAAGAAUGUAACGUUGAUGGUUGUGGUAAUUCACGUUCUUCUAUGGUUAUUCGAUAGUUUUCCGUUUUGGCGCAUUCUUUUCUCUAUAAUGUGUCAUGGUGUAUAUACAAUGAACCUAGAGACAUUUCCGUUUAUCAAUUUGACAAGUUUACCGUUUAUCGCAAGCUGUGUGCUGGUGAUAGCUGACCACUUUCUAUGGUUUCAAUACUUUACAUCUCGCUAUUUUGUAUUCGUAGAUGUUGCUGCAUUCUUUGGAAUUUGCGUUUGGUUAAUUCCAUUCUCUUAUUUUAUUUCUUUAAGCGCUAACGAUAACGCGCUCCCAUCUUUUGAUCCGAAUAUUUAUAAUGCAGACUUGAUUCCAUCACGAAAUAAAUCUGGGCUGCUUAAAAGUUUACUUAAUUUCAUAUUGCAAAAAAAGGAUGAUAUGAUUCCUUUGACAUCUACAUCAAACUCAUCGAAUCUUACAACAAGGAAAAGUUUAUAGUUUAUUGUAAAAUAUAUUAAUUUAUAAUCGCGUAAAUUAGUUGAGGAACAAUAAUUAUUGUGAAUCAUUAAAAUAUUUAGUAAUAUAUUCAUAGAAAUGUUAAUAUAUAUUUUCUUUCACAUUAAGUUUUUUGAGAAGUAUUGGUGAUUUGAUUCGAUAAAUUAUUUGAAGCAUUUCCCGCAGUUGCUUGAGAGUCUACAGAAAUUUUUUUUUCCAGCCAGUCACUAACGUAAUGACCUGUUAAAGCUAUGGCUAUUCCUCCUAU